AUGAAGCCGAGCAAGAACCAAAUCAGAAGGGCAAGGAAGAAGGCUCUAAAGAAUGAGGUAUUUCUCUCGGUCUUUUAUACAACUUCAGGCAAAUCUGACAUUUUACUUGACAAGACUACAGCGUCAUCGGCUGUUACGCCCGAAACGAACCUUGAGGCAAAGGGUCCCCCUACUACAGAUUCGAUGAAUGAGUCUGGCCCAGAUAUAUUGUCCCAAGCUGAGGAUGACUCGACAGACCCUCUAUGGGAGAUGUACAAGAAUGUCAUUGAUAGGUUUGAUGAGUAUGGGGGGGAUCCGAUUGCAGAUGGAGGAACUGACAAACCGGAAAUUUAUUUCGACGACGACGAUGAAAUACCCGACGAGGAAGAGGAAGAAGAACCGAAACUGUCCAAAAAAAAGCGCAAGGAACUUAACAAGCUCUCCGUUGCUGAGCUUAAGGCGAUGGUUCGGAAACCUGAGAUUGUGGAGUGGACGGAUACUUCAGCACCUGACCCUAAAUUACUCGUCCACAUCAAGGCUCACCGCAAUGUUGUCCCCGUUCCCUCACACUGGUCACUCAAAAGAGAAUAUCUAUCAUCCAAGAGGGGCAUAGAAAAACCGCCAUUUGCGUUACCUAAGUUUAUCCAAGAGACCGGAAUCUCGGAAAUGCGAGACGCUGCUUUGGAGAAGCAAGAGCAGGCGACUUUGAAACAGAAACAAAGAGAAAGGGUCCAGCCAAAAAUGGGAAGGCUAGAUAUCGACUACCAGAAACUAUACGAAGCUUUCUUUAGGUUCCAGACGAAACCUGAGUUGACACGCUAUGGCGAAGUUUACUACGAGGGCAAAGAAUAUGAAACUAAUCUCAAGCAUCUACGACCAGGUGAACUCAGCGCGGAGCUUAAGGAUGCACUUAAUAUGCCACCAGGUGCGCCGCCUCCUUGGUUGAUAAAUCAACAACGAUAUGGGCCGCCGCCUUCGUACCCGGCGCUGAAAAUCGCGGGACUGAAUGCACCUCCGCCGCCUGGUGCCAUGUGGGGCUAUCAUCCAGGGGGUUAUGGAAAGCCCCCAGUCGAUGAGCAUAACAGACCUCUAUACGGUGGGGACAUAUUUGGAGUAUUACAACCCCAGCAAACUGUGCAGCAGGGCGAGCCUGUGGAAAAGGACCUUUGGGGGGAGCUACAGGCUCCUGAGCUCUCCGACGACGGUAGCGAGGAUGACGAAGAGGAUGACGAGGAGGAGGAUGAGGAAGCAGGAGUGCAGUCUCCUAGUGGACUGGAGACACCGAGUGGGUUGGCGUCCGCUGUCCCGUCCGAAUAUGCUGGGACAGAGAACGUGGCCGGCGAGUUUGACGUGCGCAAGCAUUACCGAGGCACUCAGACCGAAGAAUACAAGAGCCAAAAAAGCGCUUUUAGAGUUAUCCCGGAACGACAGGCGCAUGUGCAAGGAUUUUUUGGAGGCGACAGGGUGUAUGAUCUGAACGACUCCCCAGGAAACCUUCCUGUCCUUGGAACCGAGGAUCAAAAUCGGAAGCGCAAAAAGCCCGGCGAUGUUGAUGUCUCUAUGGACCCAGAUGAUUUACAGGCCGGGGAUGGACUUAGUAAGGAGGGUAUACGGAAACUGUACGACAAUCAAAGGCAGCAACAAGACCAUCACGGUUGGGGGUUCCAGGAAGAUUUGAGCGACAUGAUUGCACAUGAGAGCCGGAAGAAAAUGAAGAAAGAUGAAGAGAGGCGAGGGCGGCAAUAG